AGUAAACAAACGCGAUCACGUGAUCAGAAAGCGCGCUGAGAACGAGCACCGCAUGGGUUUUCAUCAUCUGCACCAGAACUCACUUUCUCAGCCAGACGAUCAACCGAGUAUAAAAUAUUAUUCCAGAGUGGAAUGAAACUCCAUUUCACCCAAACAGCAAGGAUUCAUUUGAUGGAAGAUGCCAGAUGAAACAGUUCGCUCUGCAAGCUACACAGUGUCCUGUGAGGACUAUGUUCAUGUAGUGGAGUUCAGUCCAUUUGACUGUGGCUCACCUGCGUCACUUCUGGCGUAUGGAGGAAACCAGUAUGUGGUCGUGGGCACUUGUCGUUUUAAGGAGGAAGACACAGAGGUCGAGGAUGUAGAGUUCACUUCUUUGCAAGUGUUCUUGCAUGGAGUACGUGUGGAUGCUAUCGCAUGGAGCCCUGAAACGCGUCUGGACAAGCUCCCUCCGGUCAUCAGGUUUUGCACCGCAGCGGCUGACAGAAAAGUCAGGCUGUGGACAUCUGAUCUUCAAAACAAUUGUGAUGUAAAGGUGAUGGAAGGCCACACCAGUUACAUCAAUCAUCUAGUGUUUGAGCCUGCAGAAGGAAAGCAAAUAGCCUCUGUCAGCGAUGACCACACUUGCAGAGUGUGGAACCUUGAUGGUAAUGAAACCAUUUCAUUCAGACUGCGUUCCCCUGGUGUAAGUGUCUGUUGGCACCCUGAGGACAUCUGUAAGUUGAUGGUGGCGGAGAAGAAAGGCACAAUACGGUUCUAUGAUCUUGUUACACAACACGCAAUUCUGUCUCUGGACAGCGGGCAGGUGCCGCUCAUGUCAGCUGACUGGUGUCUCACAAACACUAUUAAGGUUGGAGCUGUGGUGGCCAAUGAUUGGGUGAUCUGGGACAUUACCCGCUCUAGUUAUCCACUUGAGAAGAGACCAGCUCAUGUUGACAAGGCAAGACAUUUCAGAUGGUCAAGGGCAAAUGAGAAUCUUUUCGCUACCACCGGCUAUCCGGGAAAAAUCAACAGUCAGUUACUGGUGCAUCAUCUGGGGCAUCCACAGCCUGUGAUGAUUGGUUCUGCAUCUGUGGGGGCUGGUCUAAGCUGGCAUAGGACCCUGCCUCUAUGUGUUAUCGGUGGGGACCGAAAGCUGUUCUUCUGGAUGACAGAGAUGUAACCUGGACAGAAGUCAACUGGAGAGUGUUUCUGUUUUUCUUUUUCAAUAAAUAAAGUAAUAUUUUUCAUGCACUGUCACUGUACGUACUCCACUGUGUCUUGUUUUAUAGGUCACUUGGGUUAGAACUCAGACUAACAAUUGUGGGAAACAAGACUCUUUCUCUCUCCCCAGUUUUUUCCCUUUUUCUGCGAAGCAUUGUUUCAGUGUUUUUGGUGUGGUGUUCUGCCAAGCAGGCUUAAAGUUGAGCCAAAGGUCACCGAACGGCAGGAGCUGGCAGUUUUCAUUGCAGAACGCUUGAGUGUGAGAAAAAAAAGCUGCACAGGUGCUCAUAUAGACAGUCUAAUUGACUCCACCAGGAUAAUAAUCUGCAGUCCCAUUCCUAACACUACAGGGGAACUUCCUCCGCUCGACUGUGACGCAUGCUUCAACAGUUGAACCCUGAAGAUGAAGACAAGCAUGGGAAACUAAAGUGCAAGGAGAACACAAGACGGCGUGAGCUGUUUUUUUCCCCCAAGAAAAGCACAGGAGACUCUCUAAAGGGGGAACAAGGGUUCUCUCAGGUCAAUUGUGUUAUGUUUGGGCAGGA